UGGAUGCCAAUAACUGACCUUGCUGCAGUGGCACGUUUUAACCCCCAAACUACUAAUGUCUACCAUUUGUUCACAAGAUCGAAUCCUUCUAGAAGUCAACCCCUUCAAUUCAAUAAUGUCAAUCUUCUACAACAAUCAAAUUAUGAUAGCAGCAAAAGAACAAUCGUUCUUAUCCAUGGCUGGAUGAACUCAGCCACUUCGGAUUUCAACAUGGCUCUUAUACCAGUAAUUCUAGCAGCUGCCGACGUGAACGUCAUUGUCGUGGACUGGUCUUCUGGAGCAAAUUCUAUUAACUACAGAAUUGUUAACUGGAACAGCGUAACUUCAGGACAAGCAGUGGCUAGAUUUAUAGACUGGGUUAAUGACCUAACUGGAUCUAACCCGGGACAAUAUCAUAUAAUUGGUCACGGCGUUGGUGGCCACCAAGCUGGUGUGGUUGGCAGAAAUGUUCGGGGACAAAUUAAUUAUGUUACAGGUUUAGACCCAGCUUUAAUCGGAUGGGUGAAUAACAUCGAUCGAUUUGCUCCCAACGACGCUCUCUACACAGAAGUGAUUCACACAAACUACGGUGUCAAUGGUUAUUUGGCUGAUCUAGCCCAAGUGGAUUUCUAUCCUAAUGGGGGUAUUUCCAUGCCUGGCUGCAACUCGAAUGAAUGCGACCAUGCCAGAAGUUUCUUUUACUUCGCUGAAUCAAUAACAUCGGGAGGCUUUACUGGCACAGAAUGCUUGAAUUAUUAUGCAGCUGUAUUGAGAUUGUGUGAUUUCUCGGGCCGCUUACAAAUGGGUGGAUUGACACCGAAAGUUGGGCAAACUGGUGUCUAUUACUUGGAGACGAACCCCGCUCGUCCAUUCUCCCAGGGAUAA